UUCCCAGCAAGUCGUUUCUCAGCUGUUCGUUCGCGCGGCCAGGGCUCAAAUAUGUAAUCGCAUUUACGGCCUGUGCGCUGCGUUCUUAUCUAUCUUAAUACCGGUAUCUCCGGCGUUCCUCUUGUCUUAGGAGGGACACGUUAUCGGGUCACUUUCUGUGGCUGCCGCCAUUCCCAACGAUCGCCUACGCGACCCGUAGGAGUUGCGCUAGGCUUACUGCGGGUGUUUACUUCGACAGCGCUGACUUGCGACGACUCCGGCAGUGGAGCGCCGAACCAUUGGGCGUUCUCCUCGGCUCGCCUCGGCAACGCUGUUAUUCACGUGAAUAGACCGGUCUUCGUCUACCGAAGAUGGUGCAGACGACGAAUCGAAGUUCUGGCCAUUCGUCCAACCAGAAGGGCGGCGUCCGCGUUUACAAGAUCGUCGUUCUCGGCGAUGGAGGCGUGGGAAAAAGCGCUCUGACGCUGCAGUUCGUGACUCACAGCUUCUUGGAGUACCACGACCCAACCAUUGAGGAUGCCUACCAGCAGAAGACGGUCAUUGAUGGAGAAGUGGCGCUACUGGACAUUCUGGACACAGCUGGCCAGAUUGAAUUCACUGCCAUGCGGGAUCAGUACAUGCGCUGCGGAGAAGGUUUUGUCAUCUGCUAUGCCAUCACCGACCGUAGAAGUUUAGAGGAAGCAGCCGAAUGCAGAAAGCAGAUUGAGCGUGUCCGCUGUUCCGAGUCUGUGCCGAUGGUUCUGGUUGGCAACAAGUGCGACCUGGAAAGCUCUCGUCAGGUUUCCACUGAGGAGGGGCAGGCAUUGGCGCAACAAAUGAACUGCCCCUUCUAUGAGACAUCGGCUGCGCUGCGUCACUUUGUGGACGACGUGUUCCACACGUUGGUUCGUGAGAUCCGGCGCCGGGAGAAGGAGCGACAGUUCCUGCUGCGGCGGGCCGCCCGCAGGAAGGCAUCCAGCGAACGGUGGCAAGCAUUCACGCACGCCUGCCGCUCCCUGCUUUGCGUGCGCGGAUCCGGGGAUGCUGCCACAUCAUCUCAUUCCUGAGCGUGCGUCAUCUAUUUUCAAUUUUUUUUUUCCUAGUUGACCUUUCCCUCUCGUUUGCCCGUCCAAGGCUUUGUCGUGUUUGGCCGUAGGGCAGCGUUAGUUCGGCUGUUGUGCUGGCCAGGUGGGGCCACGCUACUGCCCGAGUUCGUCAAGUUUGUGCUGCUGGUCAGAAACUUUCUCGGAACAAAUGUAGGGCAGCUAGGCUUUCGCCGGUGUCUGUAAAUUGUUGCAAGACAGAGUAAAGUUUAGGUUUUCUCAAUGUCAGGCUUCAGGUUUUAGUGUUGUUUGUUUCUCUUGUUUCCUAUAGCCUCUUGUUGAAGGCUUUGAAGAACAAGUACACAUGGGCAUGUGACAGUCCCAUGGAGGAUAUGAAAAGCCUACCAGAGGUCUGUUGUUUAAACGAUGUCACUUUCUGCUGGGAACGAUUUCUACGGCCUUUUGCACAGUACACAGCGUGCGAUGCAGCUCGACAUGCUGGUGAAGGUGUCCCUUCUGUAGAAGGUGAACCGUAAACAAACUUACGAAAGAAUUAAAAGCCAAGGCAGUAUAAUACUUUUUUCUUCCUUGUUCAGCUAGUGAGUUUGCAGUGACAGUGCUGUGAAAGUACAGUGAUAAAUUUUUUUUUCUCUUAUCACUAGUUUUGAUUGUAGAGAUAGGCUUCGGUCAGUAGGGCUCCCAGUCCUGUCCAGAGACUUGGAAGUUUCGCUGUUGCAUCUUGUGGAGGCAAGUUUAUAUUGACUCCAUGUGUGAGCAUUUCGAUGUGCAGUGGUACCGGCAGGUGCAGAUAAAUGAAACUUACGCAAUUAUUGCUACAGUUAACUAAGUCACCUUGUUUUCGUUGGUGCAACCAUAAUGUGUGCACUUGUUGGAGGAAGUCUUGUUAGUUUUGGGCAGUCACAUUGUUGUACCUUUUCAGACUGUCUGUCCUUGUAGUGAAGGAACGAGCACUGAUAUGUCUGGUUCUGUGAAUGUUUGUGCUUAUCUUCCUGCAAUGAACCUGUGUCAUGUUUCGAAAUGAAUUCUGUGCUCUUGGUGGAGUGUUUCUCUAAAAGGGGGCUUUUAAGUCCUCCAGAGGCCUUCGGGGGCAUGUCAAGAGAAGCAACGACUUGUGUAACAUCUUUCUCGUAAAGUUAAUGUCAUGUAUUGAUAACAUUAACUCCUGUCGAUGGGAGCCACCAUCCCAUGUUCUUGCACGAACUCAUUUCAUAGUUUUGUACUCCUUUGAAUUACAC